UCUCUUAAUGCUUAAAUGGAUGAAGACCAACGGGUGAUGCCUUCAGAAGGCAUCGCCACGUCCCGUUGCUUUCCCCCUCAAGCCCCAGCACCGGUGGGCACUGGGGCAGAUAAUUACAUCAAGGUUCAGAGCAAGAAAGUGGAAAUCCAUGGGUUUGAAUCCCGCUUUGGUGGACAUUCCAAUCUGGUGUCGCAAGGCUUUUCUGGAGGCGCCUCUUCGAACACUGGCCCCCAUGACCAGGACUCCCCUGUUAAGACUUCACCCGUCUCCGAGCGAAUCAAAGCUCUGGAGGCUCUGGCAGCAAAACAGAGUGAUGGGGAUGCCUGCAAUGACGGAGGUUUCCCCCUCUUCAAGGAGCGCCACUAUGAGAAAUCCCAAACUGACAUAAAGGUAGAGUUCUCCACUCCCUUUCAGAAGAAGGAAGCCACCCCUGAACAGGAUUCUCCUGAAUCUCCCUUUGAGGUCCUAGGGGACCUGAAGCAGGGGGGUGAAUUUGAAGACACCAUUGACUGGAUGCAGGCUCACCUUCCUCCGGCACCUGGCUUUGGAUCAGAAGUCCCGGACCCAGAAGCAUCCGAUUUCCGAUCUGAAUCUAGCCGAUCAGUAGAAGCUAUUGCUGCUGCGGGAGUGAUGGAAGUGGGUGUGCCUGAUGCCUUCAUGGACUCUCCAACUGGAGCAUCCAAGUCUACCGGUCCACUCAUUGAGUCCGGGAAGGCAUCAAGUGUAGAAGAUUCUGAAUUUGACCUCAGCUUUUUGCCCACUGCUUAUGUCUGGGAGAAACCGGAGAAACCGGAGAAACCGGAGAAACCGGAGAAAGCAGAUGGUGAGCUCCAAAGGCCUGUCCUGGAACAGGAGUCCCCUGCCCCCCCUGCUGGUUUUGAGUCCACCCCUCCCCCUUCUCCUCCAACCUCUCAACUAACUGCUGCAGAGGUCAAGCACACCCCAGUGAGUGACGACUUUGAGCCUGCGGAAAUCCUCGAAGUUGACAGCUCUGGGGAGUCCGAGGAUACAGUGACGGAGGACACUGCAUCUGUUCCUGUGCUUGCAUCAAGUACACCCUCUACAGAGGUUACCUCCACAGUCACUUCCCUGCCAGCUGAAGGGAAAGAGCUGACCAAUCCAGAACCUUCCUUACCAGUCCAACAAGGCAAGCCGGUAUUGCUAGUGCCCAUAAUUAAUGUGAUUGAGACUGAUGAACAAGUGUACAGUGAUGAGGAGGUGGAGCCAGUAGAGGAGGAUGAAGGCGAUCAGGUUGUAAAAGACCCCCUGAAAGAGGCGCCUGAACACACAAGCCAAAAACCUGAAGUGCCCGAGUUGGCAGCUCAUGUUCAGUCCGCACAUGACUCAGAUGCUGCCCCUGGACACUCUGACAUCUGCACCUCUGAUCCCCCAUCCCAGCAGGAUAGCGCCCCACCAUAUAGAACUCCCACCGAUGCCAAAACCUCACCUCAACUCCAGUCUGCCAAAGAAGAUUCCGAUGUUGGCGAACCUCCCUCUGCUAUUUCUGCUGAACCUUCAGAAGAAAAUAUAAAAGAAUCUCCAGUGUCCAAAGAACCAGAAUGGGAUGUUCUGCAGGGGGAGCCUCUAGCCUCUGAUAAAAUGCAAAUGCAUCCGGAGCAACCGGCUAAUUUUUCACUUAAUGCCAUGGAAACCUCGGAUGAAAAUACUGUUGAGCGGCAGACUGAUCCAGUCAACCAUUUUGAGGACCUUUCAAAUGAGACCCAGCCUGACUCCCUUGAUUUUUGUUCCAGUGAUGAAGCUGCACUGCAUGCUUCUCCUGGCCUACCCUCCUUAUUGACAGAGAAAUCCAAGAAGGACUCUUUAAAGGAGGAUAUUUCACAGUUUUCCUCUCCACUGGUAGAGUCAAGCGGAGCACCAGGCAGUUUUGUUGCUAAUGAAUAUGUUCAACUAUCUGCUGAGGAGCCUGAUAACGAGACCCCUGCAGCUAUGCCAGAGAGUAAAUCCAUGGACGGAGAUUAUAACUUGGGUACUGACACCAAAAUUGAUUCAUCUGGUUCUGAACCCCAGAGCCACACUGAGCCAAUGGUUCAACAAUUCAAUGUCACCUCUGAGGAAAAUACCACUGCAAAGACCAUAACCGAUCUGGGAGAUGUUGGCACCAUAGAUUCCCAAGAGCCUCAUCCUAAGCCUGUCGGAGGACAGCCAUCCCCACGGGACUUCAACCAAGAUCCAUUUUCUUGCCUCUGGAGUGAACCCCAAGAUGCCGCACAGAAGCUGACCUUGCUGGAAUCCAACAUGGAUGUCUCUGCUGAGGUGACUUCAGAGGUGAAAUCACUGCACAGUGAGUCGGCAAGCAGGAGUGUUGGUGAUGACACGCCUCGUGCUGACCCUGAAACUAUGGCCAGGCUUGUGGAGACCAAAGCCGGCGAGAACUCGCCAGAGACAACAAGCGACCCAGAGAGCAUAGAGCCUGAGUGUUCUGUGACCGCCGCCACUGACAGCUUCGUGGAGUUCAUGAGGGAGUGUCUCAAAUCACGGCAAGGGGUGGAAGAGCCAGAAGAUGUCGGGCACCGCGGUGCAGAUAAGGAAAAGUCCCCCAAAAUGGGUGUCCUACAUUCAACAUCCCCACCAGCGAUGGUUUUUGAUGUAGAACAGGAGCACCUCACCAUUCGUGCCCUGAAAGAACUCGAUGAUAGCCAGGAGGAGGAAGAGCAAGACAAGGUGCCUCCUCAGUUUGCCUCUACAGCCCAAACCCCUGUGAGGUCCCCUUCUCCCCCUUGUGAACCUCCAUGUGACAUCUCUGCGUCCAGAAUGGCAGAGGAGGUGGACAAGUUGGUGACCGAGGCAUACCAUCUUGCAGAGCAUGUCUUGACUGCAGUACUAACCCACUUGUCAGUCCAGGAGCUGGUGCACUGGCGCGACCCCAAGAAGUCGGGCGUGGUCUUCGGCACCUCCCUGCUGCUGCUGCUGUCGCUGGCUGCGUUCAGCGUGAUCAGCGUGGUGUCGUACCUGCUGCUGGCCCUGCUCUGCGUCACCAUCGCCUUCCGCGUCUACAAGUCCGUCGUCCAGGCCGUGCAGAAGUCCAGUGAUGGACACCCCUUCAAGGAAUUCAUGGAAAAAGAUGUCAGCAUUCCCCCCGAGACGUUCCACAAACACGUGGACAGCUGUCUGUGUUGCGUCAACCGCGCCCUCAAAUACCUGAGCCGUCUCUUCCUGGUGGAAGACCUGGUGGACUCUCUCAAGCUGGCAGUGCUGAUGUGGCUGAUGACCUAUGUGGGAGCUGUGUUCAAUGGCAUCACCAUUCUCAUCCUGGCGGACAUCCUCCUUUUCACCGUGCCCUUGGUGUAUGAGAAGAACAAGAAACAGAUUGACCAUUAUAUAGACAUUGCCCGGAAGCAGAUCAACACCAUUGUUUCCAAGAUACAAGAAAAACUUCCCGGAGCAAAGCGCACCAAAGUGGAAUAAAGUCCCUCAGCUCUGUCCAUCACUACCUUUGCCCCCUUACCGAGACCUUCCUCUCUCACCCCCCCCCCCCCCUAAAAAAAAAAAAUUCAGUCCCCUCCAUACCCCUGACACCCUCCAUCUUGAACUCAACCCACCGCCCGCACUGAACCAGCUAUUAAGAAAAAAACGCUACUCAAUACUCCGUAUAACCGCGCAGCUUGCAAGCACCAGGAAGAGGAAUGGCGCUAGAGGAUGAGUCGCGCUUCGACUGAUUUCGGGCGGUGAAAGUGACGAAACGCUAAACUGGUUUUCGCCCGUCUUUUUGCCACGCAAAAUUGAAAUGGACUGUGAGAACUAGAUUGAAUCUUAUGACCUGGUUUUGUUGAGCAGCGUAGCCGCAUAGCAGCUUGGAAUGGCGGCGGACGGCAGUCUCUCUAAAACGUGAAUGUCUGUACAUGCUAAGGACACAUUUCAGGCUAUAGGAGCAAUGGUAGUAAUGUCACGCUCUGGGAUCUAUUUUACGGUUAGCAUUUAUCCUAGUGAUCUAUUGACGAUGAUUUUGGCCGUUGUGGGAGGUAAAAUUAGGAAAUUUUCACUAAUGUGUGUUCACAACAAUAGUAUGAGCUAAUUAUUUGUAUUUUUUUAUGUUUGAAAUGCCUUAAGGUUCUCUCUGUUACUAAUUGGCUGUUUGGCCCUUCUUUUGUUUCCCCAUGCUUGUCCAAAAGGCAUUUUCAUGCAGUCUUUUCUUUCUUUCUUUUUUUUCUUUUUUUCUGCAAUGCACUGAAUGUUUGGCACGCCACAUGUUGGUGGGAUAAAAAUAAAAAAAAAUGUAAAAAUAAAAAAGCACCUAACUGAACCAGCUGUGAUAAGUUGGUCUAGUUUGCCCCGUUUCUUUUGGUGCAUUUUUAAAAUGUGUUUGUAAAUAAGACUAAAACAGGCUUGCAGCUGUAAUGAGUCUAAAUCUACUGUUGCUUUUCCUCAAAGACCAUUAAAUGUGGUCACACAUGUUUUAGUCACACAUGUUUCCAAGUCAGGCUCCCAGGUUAUUGUACAUGGUUAUUAUAAUCUUGCUUCAUUAUUAUGAUUGCUAUUAUUAUUAUUAUUAUUAUUAUGAUUGUUACUGUUAAUAAGAUAACUGCUUUGCCUCCCCAGCUUUUGUCAUUUGCUAUAUAGAGAAAACUCUCGUUGAUUGCACCAAACGGUCUAUUAGGAUGUGGGGUCAGAACCGUGACUGUCUAAAUCAGAAUCAGGAAGGUAUACACAUGUAUAGCUAAAUGCUUGUAUAAAUUGUGAGCUAGGGGAUUGCAGGUGUAAAAACAUUGCAGAAACUAUAUUUAGGUCCUUUUUAGAUGCUCUCUGUCUUGCCAUUUUAAUAAUGUUCCAGUAAUUUGCGUAGUAGUUACCUUUUUCCUGUAUUAUGAUAUGUUCAGACUAGUGUUUUUAUUUGGAGUAGGAAACCACAAUUAAUUUGUAAUUGGGCUAUUCCCAAGAGUAGAGACUAAUAUGUUAACACCAUGUUUGUUUUCCUAUGUUUUUUUUUUUUUUUUUUUUAAAGGGGUGAGGUUUGGUAAAAAAAAUUCAAGAUGGAUUGCGUGUGGCGUUAGGCCGAGAGUGUUCGGAUGUGGACGGAUUCCUUCUGCAUUUCAGCAGAAUGCUGAUGGUGCGGGUAAAGAGAGCAAUUAGAGCUAUGAGUUUUGCUACAAGGUAAUUAUCUGAUUGGUUUCUGAAGGUCUGACUACUGUUCCCCAGCAACGUAUAUAGCACAUUCCACCUAACGCUUAUGAAUCUCAGUUCUGCAGGUGCCCUUAUCUGUGUGUCAGAUGUGAAAUUCUCCAUUUCCUCUACAUCCUUUUGUCACUCUCCAGAAACCUGUUCCAUUGGAGAGUUGAGAUUCAGUUGGAUAGUGACAUCAUAAUGAGCUGGGGUAUUCUGGGUAUUCUACCACAGCUCAGGAUAUAUGUUUGUGUAGGGUCAUUAACACGUAUACACAUACACACACUGUCACACAUGCACAGAUAUGUUCAUGCACACAUUCACUGGCAUACAUGUGCGUAUUCACACACUGGAAAGAGUUUGUCUUAUCUGUGUUUGUCCUUUUGAUGCUUGGCUAACCGUAAUCAGACCAGACUUUGCAAGGAAAGAUUACAGGUGGUGCUUUUGAAGGUUUGGCUUGGUUCCAGCGCAGAGAAGAUUAAGAUUUUUCCUUAAUUUCUUUUGGAGAUUGUAACAUGAGAAAAUAAUGCUACCUGUGUUUUUGGUAAUAUAAAUAACAUUUGCAGACCUCUUUAUGUUGUCUAGAUGCUGUUUCUUAGUUGUUGCUGUAUUCUCGAGAACUCAAAAAGAUAACUGAAUUGAGCACUGCAUUGAGUUUAAACUGGAUCUGACUUUUUACUGGUUUCCUUGUAGCCUACGGCUUUUAUCUUUUUGUUCAUUAGUUUUUUUUUUUUCUUUUGGGGGAUGUCAGAAGUUGCUUCCUCUGGCAGACUUUUGGCAGAUUCUUUUUCUCUGGGUAACUGUUUUCCUUACGUCUGAUCUCUGCUUGUUAGGUAUACAUCUUGCUCACAUCCAGGAUCUUUGGAACGAAAGGCUACAUAAUACAGAAAUAAAACAAUGUGGUCCUUGUACUGAUGUUACCGUGAUAUUAAUAAAAAUGUCUAAGGAUCA